CUUCCUCCAGCCUGCAGCCUUCCUCCUCUUUUCUGUUUCCUUCAGGCACCAAAACCUCAAGCUUUCUCUAUCUCUGAGAAACAUGGAUCUGAUCACUAAGUUUAUGAACUUAUUUGCACCUCCCACCCUCCUCACGGCUCUCUUUUUCCUCCUUCCACCCCUCUACUUCUUCAAGCUCUUCCUCUCCUUCCUCUCAUCCCUCUUCCCCGAGGACAUGUUGCACAAGGUGGUUCUCAUCACCGGCGCCUCCUCCGGCAUCGGCGAGCAAAUGGCUUACCAAUAUGCAAAGAAGGGAGCCUGCCUUGUUCUGGUGGCAAGAAGAGAGAGCAGCCUCCUAGAGGUUGCCAAGAGGGCUCAGGAGCUGGGUUCGCCUGACGUGUUAGUCCUACCGGCUGAUGUUGCCAAGCCUGAAGAGUGCCGGAGGUUCAUCGAUGCCACCCUCAGCCACUUUGGCCGGUUGGAUCAUCUUGUGAACAAUGCCGGCAUCGCAAAUCUCUGCAUGUUUGAGGAAGCCGAGGAUGUAACCAAUUUCAUGCCUGUUUUGGAUGUAAACUUCUGGGGAUCCAUCUAUCCGACUUAUUUCGCACUGCCUCAUCUCAAGCAAACAAGAGGGAGGAUCGUCGUGAACUCCUCUUCUUCAGGGUGGUUACCAAUGCCAAGGAUGAGCUUCUACAAUGCCAGCAAGGCAGCAUUAAUAAAUUUCUUCGAGACAUUACGAAUAGAAUUCGGUCAUGAGAUUGGAAUAACAAUCGCAACACCAGGGUGGAUUGAAUCAGAGAUGACCCAAGGCAAAUUUCUUUCCAAGGAGGGCAGGAUGGUAGUGGACCAGGAAUUAAGAGAUGUUCAAGUUGGCUUAUUCCCAGUAAGUUACUCAGAAGAUUGCGCCAAAGCGAUCGUGAACAGCGCAUGCCGGGGUGACCGGUAUGUGAUCGAGCCAUCAUGGUUCAAGGGGUUGUACCUAUGGAGGGUGUUUGCACCUGAGGUCUUAGACUGGCUUUACCAUUUUGUAUAUGUAACCAAGCCAGGGACUCCAACUAGUGAGAUGCCAAGCAAGAUAAUGUUGGAAGCUAUAAGUGGAGCCAAGGAGGUCCUCGUGCCUUCUUCAAUCCUGACAGGUUCUAAUUGGCCUGGUACCAGUAGGGGACUCAGAAGGAUGUGCCAAGGCCAUUGUAACCAGUGCAUGUCGAGGCGAGCCAUACGUGACCGAGCCAUGGUGGUUCAAGGUGCUGUACCUAUGGAGAGUGUUUGUGCCUGAGGUGAUGGACUGGUUUAUCCAUAUGCUCUAUGUGACCAGGCCUGGCACUCCUAGUUGCGACGCACUGAGCAAGAAGAUACUAGAUUUAAGCAGAGCCAAGAGUGUCAUCUACCCUUCUUCAAUCCAGACUUCAGAGAUCAAGAAAGAGUAAAGAUUGCAGGAGGAGGUUGUGGAACCCAAUUUCUGCUACAAAUUAGGUCUAAUGUUAUUAUGUGCUGUGUUAAUCCAAAAGAAAGGAAUAUACAUAGCACUUGGUUCAGAAAGUGUGAUCAUGGGCUCCUUCUUUUGCCUGGCUAAGGAAAAUGUCAGUAUUCUUUUCUCACCAACUCCACUCAAUGGCUGCAAUUUGACUAUAGGUAUUGUAAAUGAAUUGAGAAAUGGGAGACCUUCAAUUGUAGCAAAUUAUCUUCAACAGGAAAAUAAAUUGUUGAGCUGGUUAUAGUGCA